CGAGAGUGAGUGACAGUAGCGUUAGUACCUAUCCAACGACCAAGAGCGAGACGAGAGCGAGUGACACCGCUUAUCUCGGUUGCAAAUGGCCGUCAAGGUCGUCGCCGGGAAGACCACUGCUGCUCAGCCCAAGAGCGUGGGGCGGCGGCUGUGGCGCCUGGCGCGCACCGUCAUCUACCUUCUGCGCCGCGGCGCGCUGUCGUCCGGGCGUAAGCUCGCCAUGGACCUCCACCGCAGCAGGGACGCCAGCAAGGCCCUCGGCGGCUUCGUCAACUUCCACCGCCGCGCGGCGGCCCGCUCUCGCUCCUCAACCGUCGCGGCGAAGCACCGUGGCGACGAAGCGGCCGGCUGUUACAGCAGCUACGACGCGGCCGACAUCGCGAGGGUGCUCGAGAUGCUCAACGACAGCGGGCACCUCUUCGACGACGAGGAUGGGCUCGCGGCGGCGACGCCUUCUCCGACCACGUGGGCGUCGCCGGCUACGGACAAGCUGCACAUCACCUACUCGCCGUUCACGGCGAGCGAGCACCAGCAGGUGGACAGGGAAGCCGACGAGUUCAUCAGGAGGUUCUACCAGCAACUGCGCGCCCAGAAGAGCGUCUCCGCCACGCCGGAAAACUGCGGCCACAUCCCAAGGCCGGUCGCCGCUUAAUUUCAGAAUUAGUAGUGAUGGACUGCUCGAGGCGGCCGCCGGUCGCCCGGCACGGGGAGCACAACGUUGCCAUGCACUCAUCUUCAGAAAACGUAAAUCGUCCACAUGACCGCAUCCUCUGUAAACGACUAAACGUGAAACAUUGUGCAAUUUGAAUUGUGGUGGUACGCUUGUAUAGUUGUAUUGCUGCUUUGGCUAUCUGCCGUUCGGGGACAGCCAGGACCCGGGUGAAAGUAGGCUACAUCUACAUGUGUGGGUACAUAGAAAGAAAGCAUAGGAGUCGGAAAAUACGUGGAUGAACCCGGGUGCAUAUGAGCCCACUUCAGAAAACACAU